GGCCUCGCACCCUCAGGGCUGCGCACCACCGGCCAUCACCAUGUCCAUCUCUGGGGCCAAUGCGUCCGCCUCCUUUAUCCCGGGCCGUCCGAGCAACCCAGUGACCAUCCCGGCGGUGAUGUUCAUCUUCGGCGUGGUGGGCAACCUGGUGGCCAUCGUGGUGCUGUGCAAGUCGCGCAAGGAGCAGAAGGAGACGACCUUCUACACGUUGGUAUGCGGACUGGCAGUCACCGACUUGCUGGGCACGUUACUGGUGAGCCCGGUGACCAUUGCCACGUACGUGAAGGGGCAAUGGCCCGGGGGUGAGGAACUGUGCGAGUACAGCACCUUCAUCCUGCUUUUCUUCAGCCUGUCGGGCCUCAGCAUCAUCUGUGCCAUGAGCAUCGAGCGCUACCUGGCCAUCAACCACGCCUACUUCUACAGCCACUAUGUGGACAAGCGGCUGGCCGGGCUCACACUCUUCGCUGUCUAUGUGUCCAACGUGCUUUUCUGUGCGCUGCCCAACAUGGGCCUCGGCAGCUCGCGGCUGCAAUACCCAGACACCUGGUGCUUCAUCGACUGGACCACCAACGUGACGGCGCACGCUGCCUUCUCCUACAUGUACGCCGGCUUCAGCUCCUUCCUCAUCCUAGCCACCGUGCUCUGCAACCUGCUCGUCUGUGGCGCGCUGCUCCGCAUGCACCGCCAGUUCAUGCGCCGCACAUCGCUGGGGACCGAGCAGCACCACACGGCAGCCACCGCCGUGGCGUCCGCAACCUGCCGAGGCAAUCUCGCCGCCACCUCCCCAGCCCUGCCGCGCCUCCGAGACUUUCGGCGCCGCCGUAGUUUCCGCCGAAUAGCGGGCGCCGAGAUCCAGAUGGUCAUCUUACUCAUUGCCACUUCUCUGGUGGUACUCAUCUGCUCCAUCCCGCUAGUGGUGCGGGUGUUUAUCAACCAGUUAUAUCAGCCAGUUUCGGAGGGAGAAAUCAGCAAAAACCCGGAUUUGCAGGCCAUCCGAAUCGCUGCUGUGAACCCCAUCCUGGACCCCUGGAUAUACAUCCUCCUGCGGAAAACAGUGCUGAGUAAAGUAGUAGAGAAGAUCAAAUGCCUCUUCUGCCGCAUUGGCGGGGCCCGCAGAGACCGCUCCGGCCAGAACUGCUCAGAGAGCCGGAGAACAUCGUCUGCCAUGUCCGGCCACUCUCGCUCCUUCCUCUCUUGGGAGCUGAAGGAGAUCAGCAGCACAUCUCAGACCCUCCUUUACCUUCCAGAACUAAGCGAAAAUGGGCUUGGGGGCAGGAAUUUGCUUCCAGGCGUGCCGGGCCUGGCCCAAACAGACACCACCUCACUGAGGACUUUGCGAAUAUCAGAGACUUCGGACUCCUCACAGGGGCAGGACUCCGAGAGUGUCUUACUGGUGGAUGAGGUUGGUGGGAGCAGCAGGGCCGGGUCUGCCCCUAAAGGGAACUCCCUGCAAGUCACGUUUCCCAAUGAAACACUGAACUUAUCAGAAAAGUGUAUAUAGUAGGUAAAGGAAAAAAUGCAGCACUCUUUCUGGAAACUUACAAAAUCCCGUGCAAUAGACAUAGACAUGAAGCAUUUAUUUGUGCUCAGAAGGGCUACUUUCAUC